UGUAACUGCAAAUUAAAUUAUUUAAUUAGCUUCCUUCAUGAGAAAGCAUAUCAAGAUAAUCUAUGUGCUACCCCAUUUGAUAAGACUUUAACCAAGCAUCUAUUUAAUAACUUAAACCCCAUGUGGACAAAGUAACCUUUUUAUCUACAUCCUAGGCUCUAGACUCUACAAACUCUAGAUGCAAUGUCAGAAAUAUUUCAAACUUCUGUUAAACUCCCCAUGCUAGACAUUUCUCAGCCAGUAUUGCACCCAUCUUCUCUAUCCUCUCUAGCUGAAGCCUUCAAAACGUGGGGCUUCUUCCACAUCACCAAUCAUGGGAUCUCCAAAGAUCUUUUCAGAAAACUAUAUUCCCUGUCAAAUGACCUGUUCAGCCUCCCUUCUAAUACCAAACUCAAACUUGGUCCUUCCUCUUCUGCCAAAACUUAUACCCCUCACUUCAUAGCCUCUCCCUACUUUGAAAGUCUCAGAGUUUCUGGGCCCAAUUUCUUUGAUUCUGCUCAAAGUUCUGCACAAGUUCUCUUUGACCAACACAACUCUGAAUUCAGUGAAAUAUUACAAGAAUAUGGGAGCAAGAUGGCAGAACUAUCGAAGAAGAUCGUAAAGAUUGCGCUGAUGAGCUUGGGGGAUGGAUUGGAGAAGAAACAAUACGAAACCGAAUUCAAAAAUUGCCAUGGUUACUUGAGAGUGAACAACUACUCAACCCCUCCAGAAAGUUUGGAAGAUCAACAUCAAGAAGUUGAAGGACUUGGAAUGCACACUGACAUGAGCUGUGUGACAAUUGUGUACCAAGAAGAAAUCGGAGGGCUUCAAGUGAGAUCAAAGGAGGGAAAGUGGAUGGACAUAACUCCAUGUGAGGGGACCUUGGUGGUGAACAUAGGAGACAUGUUUCAAGCUUGGAGCAAUGAUAAUUUGAGGUCAUCAGAACAUAGAGUCAUUUUAAAGCAGCCAAAAAAUCGGUUUUCUUUGGCCUUUUUUUGGAGUUUUGAGGAUGAGAAGGUGAUAUUUGCACCAGAAGAUGUGGUGGGAGAAGGGAAUGAGAGGAUUUACAAGCCAUUUGUUUGCUUGGAUUAUUUGAAGUUCAGAGAGAGCAAUGAGAGAGGGAAGUUCGAAAAAGUUGGGUUUACUGUGAGGGAUUUUGCAGGGAUCAAACACAAAAUUACCAACUGUGAAAGUUAAAAAAGGAAAAUUGAACUCUCUCUUGUAAUUAGUGUAUGUGAUUAAAUUUGUACGUGCCUGUGUGCUUGUGCUUGGGGAGCUUUGACUUGUCUAUAUAGUUGAUAGGAGAAGGAUUUACAGUUGGAAAGCUCAACUUCCAACUUAUAAAUAGUCCCUGUAUUUAUCAAUAUUGUCCUAAGAUUAUGGUCCUUAUUAUAAGCAUGUAUUCAA